AUGACUGUUGACAAAAAGGCAGAUAAAAAACCACAGGUGAAGUCAUUUUUUUGUUCGUAUCGGAUAAGAAAGCACAUCUCCUAUCUCCCUCCCUCCCUCCACAAAGACGACUCUCUCCCUCCGAUCUCAAAACAAGCCGAAGCUCUGUUCCUCACGACGAACAAAUCUCGGAUCUUAUCGGAAUCCGUACACGGAAGAAGGCCCCAGCUGCAAGAGUCAAAUUUUUGUAAGAAUCCAAUGAAUCAAGAAAGCGCUGGUUAUGGAGGAAGCGGGACUAUUCCUGCUCUAGCUGAUGAAGAGCUGAUGGGUGAGGAUGAUGACUACGAUGAUCUCUACAGCGAUGUUAAUGUUGGUGAAAGUUUCUUCCAAGCUCAUCAACAAGCUCAGACACCAGCUCAAGUCGGUGGUGCAGGCAGUGGAAGUGUUCAACCUCAGAAUAGUACUGUGUCUGAACAACCGAGGAUGGCAGUUGUGUCUGAAAGUGCGGUUAAAAGAGAGUAUCGUAAUGAUGGUGGGCAUAAUGGGAUCAGUGGACCUGAGACGAGAUCAGAUGCUUAUCCACAAGGACCCAAAGGGAUGAAUGUUGAUGUCCAAUCCAACCAGCUCAACAAAGUUAAUCCACAGGGAUCAACGUCUAUUGUGUUGAACACACAUAGUUUUUCAGGGAACGCGGUGAAUGUGCCUGAGCCUCCUGUGCAUAACCCUUAUGUUGGUGCUCCUCAAGGUGCUCAACAGAUUCCUGUUAGCCAGACGAGUGUGAAUCAAAGCGCAAUGGUGAACAGAAGCCCGACGCAGCCGUUUGUUGUGGACAAUGGGAACACCAUGCUUUUCGUUGGAGAGUUGCACUGGUGGACGACGGAUGCAGAGAUUGAGAGUGUUCUUUCUCAGUAUGGAAGAGUCAAAGAGAUCAAGUUUUUCGACGAGAGAGUUAGUGGUAAAUCCAAAGGGUAUUGUCAGGUUGAGUUUUAUGAUUCAGCUGCUGCAGCUGCUUGCAAAGAAGGAAUGAAUGGGUUUGUUUUCAAUGGUAAAGCAUGUGUUGUAGCCUUUGCAUCUCCUGAGACAUUGAAGCAGAUGGGAGCUAAUUUCACAGGGAGGAACCAAGGACAAAACCAAAUGCAAAACAGAAGGCCUCUGAAUGAGGGAAUGGGACGAGGUAACAACAACAACAAUAACAAUAUGAAUACGCAAAAUGGAGACGGUGGAAGAAACUUUGGGAGGGGUGGCUUUGCACGUGGUGGUGGCCAAGGAAUGGGAAACCGUGGAGGUCACUGGGGUGGUGCAGCGAGAGGCAGAGGGAUGAACAACAUGGCUAACGGUGCUGGUGCUGGACCUUAUGGCGGCCCUGGACUUGCUGGUCCAGCAUUUGGUGGUAUGAUGCAUCCACAGGGUAUGAUGGGAGCUGGUAUGAUGGAUCCUACGUUCAUGGGUCGUGGUGGUGGUUAUGGAGGCUUUCCUGGUCUUGCUUACCCCGGGAUGCCUCAACCUUAUCCCGGUGUUAAUCCAAUGGGAAUGGUUGGGAUUGCUCCUCAUGUUAAUCCGGCAUUUUUCGGUGGCGCGGGAAUGGGAACGAUGGGUAACUCAGGGAUGAAUGGAGUUCAUGCAGCAGGGAUGUGGAACGAGGCUAGUGGAGGAGGAGGAGGUGGUGGUGAAGAGGGUGGUUCUGAAUAUGGUGGCUAUGAAGAUGAAAACCAAGAGAAAGAAGAGAAGCCGCCAUCACGAGAUAAAGAACGAGCUACCACAGAACGUGACUGGUCUGAGAGCAGUGGUGAUAGAAGACACAAGAGUCACCACCGUGAAGAGAAAGAUAGUCACCGCGAGUAUAAGCACCGUGAUUCUGAAGAUUACGAUAGAGGACAAUCUUCUUCCAAAUCUCGAAGCAGGUCAAGAAUGUCAGAAGAUGAUCAUAGGUCCAGGUCAAGAGAUGCAGACUACGGAAAGAGAAGGCGAGGAGACUGAAAAAAGAAUAUGAGAUGAUCUUCGUCUCUUCUUUUGUUGCUGCAUCUAAACAAUACCGGUUUAAAGUUACUCUGCAUACUACAUCAAACUACUUAUCAUCGAAUAUUUAAUACAAUGUUACUCUCUACCUUGUUUGCUGAUGAUUGUCUUUGGAGUCGAGCAUAUAUAUAUGUGUAAACUAUGUUUUUGUUAAAGUUAAUUUGUUAUUGCAAACACCCUGAUUCAGGGAGUUGUUGUGACUCAUUGUAGCCUUUUACUAUGAAAAAGAGAUCUUUAUUCUUUG